CACUUCGGUGUUCUCCAUCUCUAUGAAAAUAUUCUACGUUUAAAGUGUGCACUACAUCCAAAGUUAUCAACUUGUGAAUUGGUAAACAACAUAUCUUCGUAUCGUAACAUGGUUAAUCUAACCAGAGUUUCGUUUUAUAAAACAUGGCAAAAUUUACGCUUUUUGAAAUCACUAAGCAACGAAGGGAGAACAUUUUCAUCUCUUGCACAAACAGGAAAGGACGAAGAAAAACCUAAAAGUGAUAAUGCAGGAAACCAAACUAUGCAAGAAUCAUCUGAUAAAAAUAUUGAGAGAUACAGAUUUAUUUAUCCAGAGUUUUUGCCUGAUCCAAAUUCAUUACAUCGUAAUAGUUUAACAGAAAAAUUAGAACGUCUUGAUAUGUUAGCCAGAAGAUCUGUCAUAAACAUUCCUGAAUUUUACGUUGGCUCUGUAUUACGAGUAACUUAUUCUGAGCCACAUGCAUCUGGAAAAGUAAACCAAUUUGUUGGUAUAUGCAUAUUAAGAGAAUGUACUGGAUUACGAUCUUCAUUUCUUUUAAGGAACAUUGUAGAUAAAGAACCUGUAGAAAUUCGUUUUGAAUUAUAUGAUCCAGCUAUAAAGAAAAUUGAAUGUUUAAGGUUAGAAAAGAGAUUAGAUAAAGAACUACUUUAUCUCAGAGAUGCGCCACCGGAAUAUAGUACAUUUCCAUUUAAUAUGGAGGCAGAAGUAUUACCUACGGGAGCACCUGUUCCAGUAAAUAAAAUUAAAGUUCCGAUUACAAAACAAAAAUGGUCACAAAAAUGGGAACUAUUUAAUUUAAAAGGAGUUACAGAGUUAGUUGUUACCGAAAAACGUAGGAAGAAAGCAGAAGCUUCUGCUAAGCCAUGGGAGAAAUAUGAUUUAAUGAAAACUUAUAGGGAAACUAUUCCAGAAGAAGAACAAAAAGAAAUAUUUACUGAAUUAUACACAGAACUCUCCCAAUUAGAGGUGAAGAAGAGAAUAGACAAACGGAAACGUCAAUUUGUAAGGCCGAAGAAGAUGUAAUUUUUUGUAUGUUUUAAAUAAAAAUUUAUCUUUACUGUUAAUGUAUCU